AUGGAAAGUUUUGGGCUGGGCGGGGCCAGGGGGGGCGGGCGCUGGGAGCCGCUUAAGGGCGGGAGCGGAGGGGGAGCCCCGGCCGCGCUCACAUCCCCGCGGGGCAGCGCCGGCAGCCGCCCGGCUCCAGCGGGAACAAUGGCAGAGCCCUUCGUGGUGGAGAGCCCCGACGUCGCGUACGGCAAAGACUUCAUCGAGGCGCAGUACACGUACAGCACCGCGCACGUCUGCAGGGAGGGCGGUGUCACCAAGGUCCGGCCCUGCUCCACGCGCUUCACCUUCCGCACGGCGCGGCACGUCCCCCGCCUGGGGCUGAUGCUGGUGGGCUGGGGGGGCAACAACGGCACCACGGUGACGGCGGCCGUGUUGGCCAAUCGCCUGGGGCUGUCCUGGAUGACCAAAACCGGCCGCAAGAAAGCCAACUACUACGGCUCGCUGCUGCAGGCCUCCACCGUAUGCCUGGGUGCCGGCCCCACCGGUGAUGUCUACGUGCCAUUCCGGGAUCUGCUGCCCAUGGUGCACCCCAACGACAUCGUCUUUGAUGGGUGGGACAUCUCCUCUCUGAACCUGGCCGAGGCCAUGCGGCGCGCCGAGGUGCUGGACUGGGCGCUGCAGGAGCAGCUGUGGCCGCACAUGGAGCAGAUGAAGCCCCGACCUUCCAUCUACAUCCCCGAGUUCAUCGCCGCCAACCAGGAGGAGCGGGCGGACAACGUGCUGCGGGGCUCCAAGGCUGAGCAGGUGGAGCAGAUCCGCAGGGACAUCCGGGAGUUCAGGGCGAGCAGCGGGGUGGACAAAGUCAUCGUGCUGUGGACGGCCAACACCGAGCGCUUCUGCGAUGUGGUGCCAGGGCUGAACGACAGCGCUGACAACCUGCUGCGGGCCAUCGAGCGAGGCCUGGAGGUGUCCCCAUCCACGCUGUUCGCCGUGGCCAGCAUCCUGGAGGGCUGCGCCUACAUCAACGGGUCGCCCCAAAACACCUUCGUGCCGGGCGCCGUGGAGUUGGCAGCUCAGCGCCGCGUCUUCAUCUGCGGGGACGACUUCAAAUCGGGGCAGACGAAGCUGAAGUCGGUGCUGGUGGAUUUCCUGGUGGGCGCCGGGCUGAAGCCCAGGUCCAUCGUCAGCUACAACCACCUGGGGAACAACGAUGGGAAGAACCUCUCAGCGCCGCAGCAGUUCCGCUCCAAGGAGAUCUCCAAGAGCAACGUGGUGGAUGACACAGUGCAGGCCAACCCGGUGCUGUACGGCCCGCAGGACAAACCCGACCACUGCGUGGUGAUCAAAUACGUGCCCUACGUGGGGGACAGCAAGCGAGCGCUGGACGAAUACACCUCAGAGAUCAUGAUGGGAGGCACCAACACCAUCGUCAUCCACAACACGUGUGAGGACUCAUUGCUGGCCAGCCCCAUCAUCCUGGACUUGGCCAUCCUGACCGAGCUUUGCCAGCGCAUCACCUUCUGCACCGACAGCGACCCCGAGUUCCAGAGCUUCCACAGCGUCCUCUCCAUCGUCGCCUUCCUCUGCAAAGCCCCCCUGGUGCCCGAUGGGACCCCCGUCGUCAAUGCGCUCUUCCGUCAGCGCAGCUGCAUUGAGAACAUCCUGAG